GGUUGGCGGGGGGCUGCCCCCGAGCUGAACACAGCGCGGGUGUCCCGGCCCGGCCCGGCCCCACCUGCGCUCCAUGGGGCCGGCUCCGGCGCGGGGUAAGCGCCUCCCCGGUCCCGGCGUCCGGGCCGCGCCGCAAACCGAACCUGCCGCCCAGCCCGUCUCCUAGCAACGGGAGGACCCCAAGCAUCACGGGAAGACCGCGCCCGCCCACAAUACCCCGCGGCCUCCGCACAAAAUGGCCGCCGGGCAUGGGCCGACGACGCUUCCGGGGGGCCGGGACUACCUCUCCCAUGGCGCCUCGCGCGGGCGUUCAAAAUGGCGGCCGAGAUGCCCGUGAAGCUCCGCGCGCAAGCUCCCAUGCUGCCCCGCGGACCCUAUAAUAUUCAAAAUGGCCGCCGCAGGCGGGGCAGAGCAGCCGAGGACUACAUUUCCCAUGAGACUUAGGGGUCUAGGACUACGACUCCCGGACUGAGCGCCGCUUCGGACACUAUUUCCUAUGAGCCCUCCGUGCUAAGCCUACGGCUCCCAUAGUGCAUCGCGCAGAGACCUCGAAUUCAAUAUGGCCGCCGUAGGAGGAGCCCGCCCUUUCCCAGCGCGAGCCCAGAUUGGGCGACGGUGAUGAUUGACAGCUCCGGGACCAAAGGGAGACCGGAACGAGGGGCGGGGCCCACAAGGACGCGGAGAACCCGGGCGUCCGGGGCUCCCGACCCCCCAGAUCCCCCUCGCGCCGAUCCCGGGCGCACGGGCUCCCGGCCCCCUGCCCUUCAGGAUGCUGCCGGUCAAAGUCAAAGUGGAGAAGCCCGACCUGGAGACAGCAAAUGCGCGGAGCCGCCUGGAUGCAGUGCUGCAGGGCCUGCUGGAGCGCAGCGACGGCGAGCGGGAGCAGAUGGACGAGGAUCCUGGGAAGCCGCCCAGCGACCCACUUGGCAAAGACUCCUCUCCCACAGCUGCCGGGAAGAGGCCCUCGGCUCGGUUCUCCCAUCACCGGCGCAAGAAGAGGAAGGAGACAGACGAUGGGUUGACAGAAGGCGGCCAGCAGAGACAGAACACGUAUGUGAUCAAGCUGUUCGAUCGGAGUGUGGACCUGGCGCAGUUCCCCGAGGCGGCACCGCUCUACCCUGUCUGCCGUGCCUGGAUGCGCAACAGCCCUGGCCUGCGGGACCGCGACCCCGAGCGCUCCCCCAGCCCCGGCCCCGGGCCUGGCCUGCCCCCCCUGCCAGAGGAUGAUGAGGGGCCGGAGGGGCCGCCAGGCCAUGGCACAGACGUCUACAAGCUGCCCCCCCCAUGCCCCCUGCCCGAAGGCGCCCCUGGCCUGCCCACCCGGCCCCGUGUCCCCUCCCCGUUGGGGCCUGACAUCGCCGCCUCCCGGCCUGACGCACCCCCUGACCCAGUACCCAGCACCUCGGCCCUCAUCUACAAGAACAUGGAGCGAUGGAAGAAGAUCCGGCAGAGGUGGAAGGAGGCUUCUCACCGCAACCAGCUGCGCUACGCCGAAAGCAUGAAGAUCCUCAAGGAGAUGUACGAGCGGCAGUGACAGUCCCUGGCUCCGCCCACUCGAGACAGACCACGCCUCUUCCUCGAGCCCUACCCCUCUAAAUUCCUCCCCUGGGAUAACCCUGUCUUCUGUUGCCCUGUAUAUUUAAAUCCUAGUCUUCCACUGCCCUGUCUCUUUAAAUCCCUUUUCUGAGGUAAGCCCCACCCCCUUAAGCAUCCCCACUGUUUUCCUGUCCUGUGGCUUUACAUUUCUUAGGAUAAGCCCCGCCCCCUCGGUAAACCUGUUCUCUCUCUUUAAGUCCCUCCCUUGGGAUAAGCCCCACCUACCCCCCCCUCAGGUCCCUUCCCCAAAGGGGGGGCAUCCCUGUUGUACUCCACCUGGCCAAUAAACUGCCAUAACACCUAGGUCACCUCUGUGUGUGUG